AUGGCGGCGCAAGAGGAAAGGGAAGUGAAUGGACGUGUACCCCGGAAGUGGAGUACUCGAGUACUUGAAAUAACAUCGCUUGACCAUUCAUAUAUUUGUCAAUAUAAAGUUUAUAUUAGCGAUAGAAUGAUGAGUCGGUCACUGUAUAUACUUAUUACACGUACAAUUGAAAUGUUAACGGCGCUAUUUGGAUCAUUAGUCAUAUCAAUUGUUGUUACAAGGGUACCAGCAACAGCUUCGGUGUUCUACAAUGCAAUUCAAG